AGUCGGGUUAGGGUGUCCUUGCAGGGUGUCUGAGCUAAACUUCACCAAAUAAUAGCUGUUUGUAUUUUGGCUGCUGCAGGAGCCAUUUUAGGUACAUAAUACUUUCCAGAAAAGUGUUUUUUGAUGAAAAUGAUGUCAGAACCUUUGGAAAUAAAGAACAUAUGAACAUUGGCCCCACAACCAACUGAUUGGAAAUUUAUUUCCCUAGUCAGAAGCGCGGGAGAGCGAGAGAAUUCACCAGAGCCAGAGCGGGGAGCAGAGCAGGCAGAAGGACCGAAGUACACUGCUGAGGGGAGCAGCAGGUGGCAGGAGAGAAGUAAUUAUCUUCCUUCAAUAUAUGAUAAUGAAAAUACAGAAGAAAGAGAAGCAAUUGUCAAAUUUAAAAGUUGUGAGUCACUCCCCAAUGUCUGAUGCCUCUGUCAAUUUUGACUACAAAUCCCCCUCCCCAUUUGACCACAGCACUGAUCAGGAGGAGAAAAUUGAAGAUGCUGCCAGUCAUUGUCUGCCCCAGAAGGACCUGUAUGCCGCUGAAGAGGAAGCUGAGACCCUGUUUCCUAGGAAAGUGACAGCCCAUAAUGGGCUGGAGGACAGUGGAGGAGGAGGGACUGGAGUGAAGAAGAAACGGAAGAAAAAGGAUCCAGGAGAGCAAGAGGGGACAGCGAAGGGAAGCAAGGACAGGGAGCCCAAGCCAAAGAGGAAGCGAGAACCCAGAGAGCCAAAGGAGCCCAGGAAGGCCAAGGAGCCCAGGAAGGCCAAGGAGCCCAAGGAGUCCAGGGAGCCCAAGGAGCCCAGGGAACCCAAGGAGCCGAAGCAGAAGGAUGGAGCCAAGAAAGUGCGGAAACCCCGGGAGGCCUCGGGUGCCAAGGAGGCCAAAGACAGGAGAAGCGGUGCUGACUCCGUGGCCCGGACAAAGUCCAAGAAGGCCAGCAAGGAGCAAGGACCAACCCCAGUGGAGAAAAAGAAGAAAGGAAAAAGGAAAAGUGAAACCACAGUGGAGAGUUUAGAACUGGAUCAGGGCCUGCCGAACUCAUCCCUGCGGAGUCCUGAGGAAUCCACUGAGUCUACAGACAGCCAGAAACGACGCUCAGGACGGCAAGUGAAACGCAGAAAAUACAACGAGGACCUGGACUUCAAGGUGGUGGAUGAUGAUGGGGAAACAAUCGCUGUUCUCGGAGCUGGCCGGACAUCUGCCCUCUCUGCUUCUACACUGGCUUGGCAGGCAGAGGAGCCUCCAGAAGAUGAUGCAAACAUCAUUGAGAAGAUCCUGGCAUCUAAGACUGUCCAGGAGGUUCACCCAGGAGAACCCCCAUUUGACUUGGAGCUGUUCUACGUUAAGUAUAGAAAUUUCUCCUACCUGCACUGCAAGUGGGCAACCAUGGAGGAACUGGAGAAGGACCCCCGGAUUGCACAGAAGAUCAAGCGCUUCCGCAACAAGCAGGCCCAGACCAAGCACCUCUUCACCGAGCCUGAUGAAGACUUGUUCAACCCAGACUACGUAGAAGUUGAUCGCAUCUUGGAAGUGGCCCACACCAAGGAUGCAGAAACAGGAGAGGAGGUGACUCAUUACCUGGUGAAGUGGUGCUCGCUGCCUUAUGAGGAAAGCACGUGGGAGCUGGAAGAAGAUGUGGAUCCUGCAAAAGUUAAAGAAUUCGAAUCUCUUCAAGUUCUCCCUGAAAUUAAAAAUGUGGAGCGGCCUGCUUCUGACUCCUGGCAGAAACUUGAGAAGUCUCGCGAGUAUAAAAACAGUAAUCAGCUCCGGGAGUACCAGCUGGAGGGGAUGAACUGGCUUCUUUUUAACUGGUAUAACAGAAAAAACUGUAUUUUGGCUGAUGAAAUGGGCCUAGGGAAAACCAUCCAGUCCAUCACAUUCCUUUCAGAAAUAUUCCUCAGGGGAAUCCAUGGCCCUUUCCUCAUCAUUGCCCCUCUCUCCACCAUCACUAACUGGGAGCGGGAGUUCCGGACCUGGACAGAGAUGAAUGCCAUUGUGUACCACGGCAGCCAGAUCAGCAGGCAGAUGAUCCAGCAGUAUGAAAUGGUGUACAGAGAUGCACAGGGAAACCCUCUUUCAGGAGUCUUCAAGUUCCAUGUAGUCAUAACAACAUUUGAGAUGAUCCUGGCAGACUGCCCAGAGCUGAAGAAGAUUCACUGGAGCUGUGUGAUAAUCGAUGAAGCCCACAGAUUGAAGAAUAGGAACUGCAAACUUCUGGAGGGUCUAAAGCUCAUGGCCUUGGAACACAAAGUGCUGCUCACUGGGACACCCUUGCAGAACUCUGUGGAGGAGCUCUUCAGUUUGUUAAAUUUUCUGGAGCCAUCACAGUUUCCUUCUGAGACUGCUUUCUUGGAAGAGUUUGGAGAUCUGAAAACAGAAGAACAGGUGAAGAAACUGCAGUCUAUCCUAAAACCAAUGAUGCUUCGGCGGCUGAAAGAUGAUGUGGAAAAGAACCUUGCUCCCAAACAAGAGACGAUCAUUGAAGUAGAGCUGACCAAUAUCCAAAAAAAGUACUACCGUGCCAUCCUGGAGAAGAACUUUUCCUUCCUGACCAAGGGGGCAAAUCAGCACAACAUGCCCAAUCUCAUCAAUACCAUGAUGGAGCUGAGAAAGUGCUGUAACCAUCCCUAUCUGAUCAAUGGGGCAGAGGAGAAAAUUCUGGAAGAUUUCCGAAAAACCCACAGCCCUGAUGCCUCCGACUUUCAGCUACAGGCCAUGAUUCAGGCAGCAGGGAAGUUGGUACUGAUUGAUAAACUGCUCCCUAAGCUGAUUGCCGGUGGCCAUAAAGUCCUCAUUUUCUCCCAGAUGGUGCGCUGUCUCGAUAUCCUGGAAGAUUAUCUCAUCCAGAGAAGAUACACCUAUGAGCGAAUUGAUGGGCGAGUACGGGGAAACCUGCGCCAGGCAGCCAUCGACCGGUUCUGUAAGCCAGACUCAGACCGCUUUGUCUUUCUUCUGUGCACCAGAGCGGGAGGCCUGGGGAUCAAUCUCACAGCUGCUGAUACCUGCAUCAUAUUUGAUUCAGACUGGAACCCACAAAAUGACUUGCAGGCUCAGGCGCGAUGCCACCGAAUAGGCCAGAGCAAAGCUGUCAAGGUGUACCGGCUCAUUACUCGGAACUCCUAUGAGCGGGAAAUGUUUGACAAGGCCAGCCUGAAGCUGGGUCUGGACAAAGCUGUUCUUCAGGACAUCAACCGAAAAGGCGGCACUAACGGGGUACAGCAGCUCUCAAAAAUGGAGGUAGAGGACUUGCUCCGGAAAGGUGCUUAUGGAGCCUUAAUGGAUGAGGAAGAUGAAGGCUCCAAGUUCUGUGAAGAAGACAUAGAUCAGAUUCUGCAGAGGAGAACCCACACCAUCACCAUCCAGUCUGAAGGGAAAGGGUCCACCUUUGCCAAGGCUAGCUUUGUGGCUUCAGGAAACAGAACAGAUAUUUCCUUAGAUGAUCCAAACUUUUGGCAGAAAUGGGCUAAAAUAGCUGAAUUGGACACUGAAGCAAAGAAUGAAAAGGAAAGCUUAGUGAUCGACCGGCCUCGCGUGCGAAAGCAGACCAAACAUUACAACUCCUUUGAGGAAGAUGAGCUCAUGGAGUUUUCAGAGUUAGACAGCGACUCUGAUGAAAGGCCCACGAGGUCCAGGCGCCUCAAUGACAAAACCAGGCGCUACCUCCGAGCUGAAUGUUUCCGGGUAGAAAAGAACCUACUCAUCUUUGGCUGGGGCCGCUGGAAGGACAUCCUGACUCAUGGACGAUUCAAGUGGCAUCUGAAUGAGAAGGACAUGGAGAUGAUUUGCCGUGCCCUGCUGGUGUACUGUGUCAAACAUUACAAGGGGGAUGAGAAGAUCAAGAGUUUCAUUUGGGAAUUGAUCACACCUACCAAGGAUGGGCAGGCCCAGACCCUCCAGAACCACUCAGGAUUGUCUGCUCCAGUCCCCAGAGGGAGGAAGGGGAAGAAGACAAAGAACCAGCUGCUGCUCCCUGAGUUAAAGAAUGCUGACUGGCUGGCCACCUGCAACCCUGAGGUAGUCUUGCAUGAUGACGGCUACAAGAAACACCUCAAACAGCACUGCAACAAGGUGCUUUUGCGAGUCCGAAUGCUGUACUACUUAAAAGCUGAAAUACUGGGAGAAGCAGCUGAUAAAGCAUUUGAGGGAACUCCUGCAAGGGACCUGGAAGUGCCUCUGCCCGACAUCGACUAUGUGGAGAUCCCAGUGGAUUGGUGGGAUGCUGAGGCCGAUAAAUCCCUUCUGAUUGGUGUGUUCAAACAUGGGUAUGAGAGGUACAAUGCCAUGCGAGCAGACCCAGCACUUUGCUUCCUGGAGAAAGUCGGGAUGCCAGAUGAGAAGUCCCUUUCUGCAGAACAGGGCACUACGGAUGGGGCCUCAGAAGUUCCUGAAAGAGUCAACAUCGAUAAAGAAGACAAUGCUGAAGACAAAUUAGAUGGCCUCCAGAAACAAAUGGAGAGUUCCAGUGAUGGAGGUGAUGGCAUUUUUGGUGAUAAGAAGGAUGACAGCCGGGCAGCCCAGGAUGGCUCCGACCCAGACAAAUCGCCCUGGCCAGUUUCAUCUGCUCUCACAGCUCGUCUCAGACGUCUGGUCACUGUAUACCAGCGCUGCAACCGCAAGGAGCUCUGCCGACCUGAAAUUCUGGGACCAAGUAACCAAGGAUACUGGGUCCAGGACGAGAUGUUCAGGAGAACCUCAGAAAUGGAUCUCAUCAACAAGGAAGCCCAAAAGAGGUGGACCAGAAGAGAGCAAGCAGACUUCUACAGAGCAGUGUCAUCCUUUGGUGUUGUUUAUGAUCAAGAAAAGAAAACCUUUGACUGGACACAGUUUCGCAUCAUUUCCCGUUUGGAUAAGAAGUCAGAUGAGAGCCUGGAACACUAUUUUUACAGCUUUGUGGCCAUGUGCCGCAAUGUCUGUCGCCUACCCGCAUGGAAAGAUGGUGUUCCCCCAGACCCCACCAUCUACGUUGAACCCAUCACCGAGGAACGGGCUGCAAGGACUCUAUAUCGCAUUGAACUGUUACGGAAGGUUCGCGAGCAAGUGUUGAAGUGUCCUCAACUGCAUGAACGCCUUCAGCUUUGUAGGCCCAGCCUCUACCUCCCAGUCUGGUGGGAGUGUGGGAAGCAUGACCGGGACCUGCUCAUCGGCACUGCCAAACAUGGGCUGAACCGCACUGACUACUACAUCAUGACUGACCCCCAGCUGUCCUUCCUAGACGCCUACAGAAACUAUGCCCAGCAUAAAAGAACUGACAUCCAGGCACCAGAAAGUGUCUGUUGCCUUUACCAGACCAAUUCCAAACUGUAUGAAUCUCUUACAUAUACUCAGUUGAGCAGGACUUCGGAGUCCCUUGAAAAUGAACCUGAGAACCUAGUGAAAAUAGAAGGUAGAGAUGAUCUCGGUCCACCUGGGGGCAGCUUAUCUGACAUGACUUGUGAAAACUUUAUUUCUAAAGUCCAGGAUGUCAUUUCCAUCACCCAUGAUGAAAGCCUGCUGCCUGAGUCCCUGGAGAGCGUGAUGUACAGUAAGAAGGCCAUAGGCCGAGAGCCAGGUUCUUUUCCUGAGAGCCCAAGUACCCUUAUAGAACCCAGAAAAGAUGCUGCUGCCAUCUCAGCAAGCAAAGAUGGGAAAUGCCAUCCUGGUGGCCAUGAGACAGAAAUGGUUUCAGGACCCUCUCUUAUGAGUAGUUUAGAAGCAGGAGUAGCUCAGAUGAACCUUAAGAAUGGAAAACAUUUGUUGAUGUCUCUUUCAAAGGAAGGGGAACUGUGCUGCAGUGAGUCGAGGCAGAGACCUGAAAGCCUUGGACAGCUGGAGGCCAAAUGCUUAGCCACCCCUUCCUUGGAUCAAGGCAGUGAGAGUGGGUUUGUAGAUAUGUGCAAUCUUAGUGUCUGUGACUCCAAAAGAAACCUGUCAUCAGAUCAGCAGUUAAUUGAUUUAUUGGAAAACAAAAGUUUAGAAAGUAAAUUGAUGUUGAGUCAGAACCACAGCGAUGAGGAGGAGGAAGAGGAAGAAAACGAGGAGGAAAACUCAGGCAAUGCAGGAGGCCUGAGGGAAAGGCCAGAGAUCCUGCCUCCUAUGGAACCCAGCACUAAUAUGCACAGGGAGAAGAGCCGAGGCUUCCAUGUAGAUGAAGCCACAAAAGGAAGCCUGGAGGUUGCAAGCCCAGGUCCUGCAGUGCAGAGGGCUUUUCCUCAAGCGUCUUGUCAGUGUCACUGCAAGCACAUGGAAAGGUGGACACGGGGCCUCGAGAACAAUGGGUUUGAAUUAGAUAAACCCAAGGGCUAUAGCCCAGAUAUCUACAAAAACAAAGUCAAUAAUAUCACAGUGGAGGCUGAACCCACUGCUAUUCCAUCAGAGCUAUUUAAAGUAAAGCACGAACUUUUAAAAGAACCUUGGAAAGACAGUGCAGAAGGGAAGAAAGGUUUCCUUCCAUAUCCUCCUGAAGGAAGUGAGCUCAAAUCAGAAGACAUGGAUUUUGAGAGUAAAGAUGACUAUGAUAGAGAGGGAAGCUGCCAUAACCAAGAUUACCCAGGGAAAUUCUCCGAAGAGGAGAGCAAGAGCUCAGCAUCAGGCAUUGCAGGAGACGUUGGGGAUGACCUGCAGGAGGCCCGGGCGCCCACCAUCGCUCAGCUGCUCCAGGAGAAAACCCUCUAUUCCUUCUCCGAGUGGCCCAAGGAUCGCGUGAUAAUCAACCGCCUAGAUAACAUCUGCCAUGUGGUGUUAAAGGGGAAGUGGCCCUCUGGCCAGCAGUAUGAGCCUUCGAGCACCCUGCCCACCCCCGUGCUAACCAGCAGUGCUGGUUCUCGAAGCAGCAUCUCAGAGCCAGAGGCGACGGAACACAACUUCGGCAGCGGUACAGCAUUGGCCCAGAUCCAGAAGGAGAGCUUCUUAACUCCAGUAUUCGCAAAGGAUGAACAAAAGCACAGACGUCCUUAUGAGUUUGAGGUGGAGAGGGAUGCAAAGGCCCGGAGCCUGGAACAGUUCUCUGCCACCCACGGGCACCCCCCCAUCGUCCUCAACGGCUGGCAUGGAGAGUCAGCAAUAGACCUCUCCUGCACAUCAGAGGGAUCCCCAGGAGCCACAUCACCUUUCCCAGUGAGUGCCAGCACCCCUAAGAUUGGAGCUAUUGGUUCACUUCAAGGAGCCCUUGGCAUGGACUUGUCUGGGAUUCUACAAGCUGGUCUGAUCCAUCCAGUGACUGGACAGAUUGUCAACGGAAGCCUCAGAAGAGAUGAUGCUGCCACCAGGAGACGGAGAGGGAGGCGGAAACAUGUUGAUGGAGGGAUGGACCUCAUAUUUUUGAAGGAGCAAACACUUCAGGCAGGAAUCUUGGAAGUCCAUGAAGACCCAGGGCAAGCUCCACUGAACACCUCACACCCUGAAGGGCCAGUGCCUGCCACCUCAACCCCUGAGCCAGCCCCUGCAGCCAGCAGCCAGGCCGAGAAAGCCAUUCCCAGCAAGAGCCUGCUUGACUGGCUGAGGCAGCAGGCUGACUACUCCUUAGAAGUUCCUGGCUUCGGAACAAAUUUUUCAGACAAACCAAAGCAGAGGCGGCCACGCUGUAAGGAACCUGGAAAAUUAGAUGUCAACUCCCUGAGUGGGGAAGAGAGAGUCCCUGCUGUCCCCAAGGAGCCAGGACUAAGGGGAUUUCUUCCAGAAAACAAGUUCAAUCACACUCUGGCUGAGCCUGUUCUUCGAGAUGCAGGCCCCCGCAGGAGGGGGAGGCGGCCUCGGAGUGAGCUGCUGAAAGCGCCUGCCAUUGUGGCGGACUCUCCCUCGGGAAUGGGGCCAUUGUUCAUGAAUGGGCUGAUUGCUGGGAUGGACCUGGUAGGACUACAGAACAUGAGGAACAUGCCAGGCAUCCCCCUCACGGGGCUGGUGGGAUUCCCGACCAGCUUUGCCACGAUGCCCACAGGUGAAGAGGUCAAAAGCACCUUGAGCAUGCUGCCCAUGAUGCUGCCGGGAAUGGCCGCGGUGCCCCAGAUGUUUGGUGUGGGGGGGCUCCUCAGUGCACCCAUGGCUACUACCUGCCCUUCCACCCCUCCAGCUCCUCUGUCAAGCACAACAAAAAGUGGUACGUCGGCGACUGAAAAGACUGCAGAAGACAAGCCAGGUAGCCAUGACGGGAAAACGGACACUUUAGCUGAAGACAAGCCUGGUCCUAGUGCAUUUUCUGAUCAGUCUGAACCUGCAAUAACUACAAGUAGUCCUGUGGCUUUUAACCCGUUUCUCAUCCCAGGAGUAUCUCCUGGACUCAUUUACCCGUCCAUGUUCCUCUCCCCUGGCAUGGGCAUGACUCUCCCAGCCAUGCAGCAGGCCAGACACUCUGAAAUAGUGGGUCUGGAGAGCCAGAAGAGGAAGAAGAAGAAAACAAAAGGGGACAACCCCACCCCAGAGCCUGCUCCUGGGUCCGAACAGGAGCCAAGCAGUGAUCAGAACUGCCCGGAAUCCAGGGCCCCUGUGCCCCCAGAUAGAGAACAUGCAUCCCCAGCUGGGGACGGGGCCUUCAAGGACUCUAACAGUGACACCAAUUAGAACUUUUUCAUUUAAGAAAUUAUUGUGACUUGUAAGUUUCUUAUCCCAUAACAGUUUGUUACUUCCCUCACUUCACCUUCAUAAGAACCUGUGUUUCCAUCAGUAAUUAUUACCUACCUAAUUUCCUGUCUGAGAACUAUGGUAACAGAUGUUAAUAGUCGCAGGGUCUUGCCACUUCAUUAGAUAAGUGUCGUCGACCUAGUCUAGGAGGCACAGAAUUCUCAUUCUGUUAUCCAGUUGUUCAUUCCAGCAAUUGUAGUUAAUACAGUACUUGGUGACACGCCCUACCCCCUUCUUGUCCAAGUUUCCCACUUAUUUGAGGAGGAAAAAUGGCAAAAGAAAGCUGUCGAGGGAUUUACCAUUUGCAGGGCCGAAGAGCAGACACGAGGAGCAGCUUUUUUUCCGUGAGCUGUGUUACAUGGGAAGAAUGUAAUAGGGAAACCAAAAAGCACAGAAAAAGGAAGUGCUGGUGCAUAUUUUUUAGUUAAAAUAUCUCCCUAUUUUAUCAUGAUUACUAAAUGCGUAGCAUAGACAGAAGUAUAUAACUAAUGGUUGAAAAUGCAUAUAUUCAUUUCUUUAUAAAGCAGAAACCUUACUGGUAGUAGCAUAAUUUCCCCUUUAUGGUUUUCCAGACACCUGCAGCAAGAAGAAAUACUGACUAGGCAUUAUUUUAUACGCGUGUGUUAUGCCCCCCCAAUCCCCCCAGUUAAAAGAAUGUUCUCAGUAUGAGGAAGCUUUACGUACCUGGAGUUCUUGCUGAUGGCAGAGGAGGGUGAGCCCUCCGCGGAGCUGCGCUGCUCGCGAGCACACGGCUGGCGCCCGGCCCACUGCAUUCUCUUGGGAAUUGCUCUCGCCACUACCAGGGCCUGAUGGGUUUUUAUUUUGUGCUUUACUUCACCAAGAAUAAGGCUCUUCCCAGAGCCUGCAAGAAAAUUGUCACUCAACACUUUUACACUUGCUAGGUCCUUUUGUCAGUUACUCGAGGUUGUCCAACGUGUGUACCACCUCUUUUAAUACGACUGUGAAAUGUCUUUCCUUCUCCAUAUUUCUUCUUUUCUGUUAUAUACAGUUGGACCCGAUUUCCAGAUGAUCAAGUUAGUCGAGACUGUGUUGCAGAUCCACAUUAUUUUCCCUCCUUCCCGGCUUCCCUGCUGAGGAGAACUGCCUGAGCAGUGCUUCCCCCCACCCUCUUUCCCUCCUUUUUGAGAGUCUUACUCUUUAUUGACAGUUCACACUCUGAGACUUGAAAUAAGCUUGUGGUUCAGUCCUCCGGGGGCACAGGGCUGCAGGGCCGUGGGAAAUGUUGGAAGUGUUACUAGUACCAGUUUCACUUUUGUUGUCACAAUUUACUGUAUUUUUUACUUUUUCUGUUACAGUUUUGCUAAUUUAUCAGAAGGUCCAAAAGUUUGACAUAACUAUUUCAGUUUGCAUUAUUUAUUUAUGAUGCUUUUUGUCAUUGUCUUUUAUACAUUUGGGAUUAUAAAUUAUGUAAAUGUUAAAACAAGCAUCUCAAAGAAGUCUGUUAAAUCGUGACUGAGAAAUCAUUCAGGUGUAUUUUAAAAAAGUGGAGCCCCAGUUUUAUGAAUCAGAGCUAUAAAUCAGAAACUGUAUUGCUGAUCAUAUAAGGAGAAAGAGUCCAGUAAUUGAACAGAUCCUAUAUAAUGACAUCUUUGUAGCAUAGAUGUUCUGUAAUGCUGACAACAGAUUUCUUAGAAAUGCUGCUUUCUCUAUUUAACUAACAUUUUGUUCAGUUUUGCCUCCAGUGGAAGCAGAAAGGGUUUUUUCAGCUGUUAAAUCCUAAAAAUCAAUAUAAUUUAUUUAUGUAAAAAAAUCACUCAAUCAAUAUAUUUUUGAACCUUUUAAGUACUAAUUUUCUUUUUAUCAAGUAGAAAAAAAAUGUAUUUGCCCUAAAUCCUUAAAAUACAAAUGCUAUAAAAAUUCAUGUAUCUUGAAAGCCUUACUGCAAAUGAGUAUUAUAGACAUCCAGCAGAGCCUGGGUUUCCUUUGUUGUGUCGUCGUUGUUUUGUAUGGAAAGGCUGCUUUCCCCAGGUUCCACUUAGAAUCUCCAGUAGGUUACAGGGUUCAAUAUGGAUUUGAUUUAAAAACCCACCAGCAUGCUAAAUCCCUUGUUAUAUCUUAUUGAACCUAUAUGUUAGCUUUCUGGGUGUUUAGGCUUAUAUUUGACUGCUAUUGUGUCCCUGUUUGCAAAAUGAAAAUGACACUCUGGAUUAUUUGCUCUGUAAGGCAUAAGUGCUUCUUAUGAUUAUUUUGGCGUUUCCAAGAGCAAAAGCCAAAUCUAAACUCUCUUCAACAAACUUGAGCCUUUUCAUCUAAUUCAAUGUCACUCACAGCCAUAACUGUCCUCAGCCAUUCUUCACCCCAUGUCUAACAUAAUAAAUUGUCUGUGUUCUUGAUCCUGGAUUUAAAAAAAGAAAAGUUUAAAAGUCAAAUUUGUAUUUCAGAAAUUCAGUGGCACUUGAAUGUCUUUUGCUGCCUGGGCAUUUUAUGAUUAUAUCCUGUGCACACAGGAAUUCACUCCUUCUAGGUGCCCAAUUGGUGCUGGGCACCCUGUCGGGGACUUGUUAAACAAGGCUUGGCUUGACCUGUUUCGACCUGCCAGAACAUCUGAAUUGAAACAGAACUGUAAAAGAGGGCUCAGUGCACCCCACAGGCUCAAAGGCUGAAUACAACAGCAGUGGCACGUACAGACAGAGCAGGGGAUACUAGACCUCUGCGGGGUGAGACAGCCCCUAAAAAAACAGGAAUGCCUCAGAAGCUGAAGUUUUAGAGGCUUAUUGCAAACAUGAUGAUCCUGAGCUUUGGAAAACAUCACCUCGCAAGCCCCAGAAGGGCUGUGCCAGGAGUUACUGAGGAGGCUGGCAGGAAAGUACUCAUGACUCGGUGAGACUGACAGGAAACCCAGCCUCACCAUAGAUGAGUGGAGUGACAGCCUGGGGCAUGGAAAGAGCAUUGCUCUACUAAGUCUUGGAGUCUUUCUGCUCCAAUUCUCAAGGUUGUAUAGCAGCUUCUUAGGCCUCUAGUCAAGACUUGGGGAGCCCUUCUAGGUAUGGGAACAAUUUACGCAAAGUGCUAGAAUCUUGAUUUUACGCUUUGGCAUCAUAACCCUGCCCAGUAGAUUCUAAGAGGGCAGAAAAGCAGAGUUCGUCCAGCAUGUUGAGCUGAUGUUUUGUGAGUUUGCCAUAAAACAUUUUGUCCUCGGGGCAUCUUGGUUACUGGGUGGAGAGCUGCGGGUGUUCAGUAUGCCUAGUGGAAGCUGACAAGACCAUGAAGCUGUCACAGAGAAUGGGGCUGGGCCACCACGCCCCCCUGUACCCAUGUAUGCUCACCUCUCACCCUGGGGUAUUCAAUGGAUUGCCCACCACUGUUGCAUUGGUGUUGCAGGAGCUAUCGGGAAGGGAGAGGUGCCACAUCUCACCCACCAGGACCUGGCCAUGACCUUCCGCCACCCACCUGCACCUCGAAAGCUGGCCCUGGCAGUGCCUGCAGGGGCCUCUUUGGCUGGUCACUGGUGCAGGCCUUGACAUGCAUGAAUUCAACCCAAAGUAUGUUCUCCAGAGGAGAAUGAGGCACAGGUGACACCUGUCUUUUGUAGCACAGCUAGUGAGAGACGAACGAGCAUAGAGGUGGGUCUGGCUCCAAAACCACAGGCCUGACACAUCUGUCUUCCAGGGUGAUGGGGCCACCAUCUGUCACCUGUUUACACGCAGCCCAUAGGCUAAGAGUGGCCAUUAUGUUUUUAGAUGAUGGAAAUGUCUGCAUGACAUGAAAAUCACACCAGAUUCGGAACUGAGACCAAGAAGUGUGGCUGGCACCCAGCCACACUGGUCCCCUCCUGCACCGUCUGUCUGGCUGCUCUCAGGCCAAGCCAGUGUUUGUCCCAGAGCCACUGGCCCCACAGCCGAAUAUAUCUACUCUCUGACCCUUCCAGGAAAACUUGUUGAGCCCUAUCCUAGAGCAUGAAUUUUAGUCACUGUUUCAGUGCAAAAACGAUCAUUUACAGUAUUUUUUAUAUUACCUCAAACAUGGUUUUAUAUAAGUAGCAAUCAUGCGCGCGUAUGUGAGCGGGACUCUACUUCCAGGAUAAAGCAGACUGCAGAGAAGCACUGGAUUUGGGGUGUUCUUGAGGGCCUGCUGCCAAACCCCCAGAGCACACACACUCAUCUUGGUGGGGGGAGCUGCCCUGCCGGCCAGGCCUGUCUUCCUGACACAGCACCCUGUUCCAGGCAGAAGACCAGGGCCAGGAGGACUGAUGUGAAGAUGCAGAUGAGAAGAAAAGGCAUUUUAGAGCCAACCCAAAAGGGCAGAAAGAAGAGAGUUGGAUGACGCCGGCAGAGGGAGAGGCACCCUCGCCCGUGGCUACUGGGAUCGUCCUGUGGCAGCUGAGUGGGCUGCCUGCGAGUGCAGAGACAGCCUACAGGAAGAUGAGCCGACACAGGGGAUGGCCCUGUUCCCUCCUGGAGCUCGGGCAACAGGAAGGUCAGAGGAGAGGAAGCUGGGAGCCCGUGGAGGGUGCCCUGAGCCAGACAGACCAGCAGCCACUGACCCGGAAGCAGAGUUGGGAGGAAGACAGAAAAGCGCCGCUGGGACCUAGUCUAUGGGGAAAGGUGAGCGCCCAUCUCACCCUCACACCUGUGGCCCAGGGCAGCAGGCACACCUCAGUGGCAGCAGGGCCCUCCUCGGACAGAGAACUGGUGGGCUUGCCUCCCCAAAUCUCCGGCCCUCACACUGCCUGGGGACUCCUGUCUCUUCCAAGAUGCGCCAAGCUAGACUGCUCCCGGAGGGCACUGGACACCACCCUGCGGAGAGGGGCUCGGAGUCCCCUCCAAGCAUCUGAGUGAUGGCAGAGGUGUGCCAUCUGAUGUGCGCAGAGGUGUGAUGGCCAGGAGGGAGGCGGCGCUACAAAGGACAUGGGGAGCGAUUCAGCUCAUCACAGCCUCUUGACAUCUUGACAUCACAUCACCCCUCAUGGGCCAAACCGUGGACCUUUUAAAAUGUGUGCGUUAAACCAAGACCGUGUUAAGACUCUCCUACUCCCUUCCCUUUUGGAAUGGCUGCGGGAUGGGGACAGCCCCUCUGGGCGCUCUUCAUAGAAAUGGAUGAAAUGGGGAGCUGUGGGAAUCUGACCCACCUGAAUGGCCAGCCGUGCCCCGAGGGAGCUAAGAAACAGGCCUCUGUCCAUCUGGAGUGAGCACAGCGGCUCACGGAACCAUCGUCAUCUCCAGCAGUGUCUGUGAACUCACAGGCCUACCUGGUGGCAGGUGACGUGCCUGAGUGCUUUGGGCCAGAUCUCAGGCAAUAAGUGGUGGGGGCCGUGGAAACUGGAGACCUCUUGCCCUGACUGAAGGGGCAGCUGUCACCAGCUAAAUAGAUGUCACACAGGAGUGUGGCCACAUGUGGGGAGGCCUUGAUACUUUUCAGGAUAUUCACAUAGGAUAUAUACGUAGUCUCCUGAGGGCCACAUGUGUGCAGUAAAUUCACUGCUUUUAGUGCACCAGGCAGAGCCGGUGCACAGAGCACAGGUCUGCUCUCGAAACCUGGCAGAGCCACGGGCAUAUCGGCGGUGACGUGAGAACAGAGUCGGGGUGCACGUGAAAAGAAGAGACGAUCUGGCCCCCAUGGGGGUGUUCAGCUGACCCAGAAGCUGCACGCCAGGAAGGACUCAG